CUCGCUCACACCCCAGUGCUGUACUGAGCCAGGAAAUCCAAAGGCCAACACAUUCGCCUCCUCUCUCUCUCUCUCUCCAGGGCAGGAGAAAGAGUCGCGCAGAGAGAGGGAGCGAAGCAGAGAGAGGCAGCGGACGAGUAGAGCUCUUUGCAGCCCGAGCAUCAAACUUUUUGCAAGUCCAGAGCAUGGGGAGACAACCAAGACCCAUGCCCUUCCUUCUGUUCCUCUUCUGGCUGGGGACCUCUUGGGAGGCGCAUGUGCCCCACCGGGUCAUCCCCUCCAACGCUACCGUUUUCUCUCAUAUCUACACGAUAAAGCUGAAAGGAGAUGGCACCGAGGAUGAGGGAUCCUCCUCUGCACCCCAAGAGGCGCUGGGCCCUCCUGGCUCCUCCAGAGGAGGGGGUCUGUACGAGCACACGCUGGAAGGGCCAGACCAGGAGCAUGUGGUCUUCACUCACCGCAUCAACCUGCCCCAGCAGUCCUGUGGGUGCCCACCUGGAACUGAGGACACCCAGGACCUCUUGAGACGGCUGCAGGCACUAGAGAAUGAAGUGCGGUCACUGCGAGACACCUGCCAGGCUGGGGGAGGCUGCUGCCCUGCGACCAGCAGUUCCCAGGCUAGUACAGGCCAGACGGACACCCGAACCUUAUGCUCGAACCAUGGUUCCUUCGACCUCUCCCGCUGCCUGUGCGAAUGCGAGGCAGGCUGGAGUGGCCCCACCUGUGCCGAGCCAACCUGCCCAGGUGGCUGUGGCGGCCCCCAGCGUGGCAAGUGCGCGAACGGGCGCUGCCAGUGCCGCCCCGGCUACUCCGGUGCCCGCUGCGAGGAGCCGCCUUCCUGCCCAGACGACUGCAACGACCAAGGGCGCUGCGUGGACGGGCGCUGUGCCUGCUUCCCUGGCUACUCUGGACCUUCCUGUGCCGACCCGGCCUGUCCACAGGACUGCCAAGGUCGUGGCCGAUGUGUGGAUGGGCAGUGCGUGUGCGACCCUGGUUACUCCGGGCCCGACUGCGGGAGCCGAGCCUGCCCCAGCAACUGCAACCGGCGGGGAGAGUGCCACAACGGGCGGUGCGUCUGUGAGCCUGGCUUCACGGGCCCAGCCUGUGGAACCAAGGCCUGCCCCAACGACUGCAACCAGAGAGGCCGCUGCCUGAAAGGAGCCGUGUGCGCCUGCCACAAGGGGUAUACCGGGCCGGACUGCGGGCAACUGGCAUGUCCGGAGGACUGCAGUGGCCGCGGGGAGUGCCAGAACGGAGUGUGCAUCUGUCAUGACGGUUAUUCGGGAGAAGACUGUUCCAUAGAGAUUCCAUCCAUUGGCAUCCAUGUGAAAAAUCGAGAUGAGACGUCCUUCCGCUUGGAGUGGAACCGCCCGGAAGUAUCUGUGGAUGCGUAUGAAAUUCACGUGAAACCCACACGGGAUCAGCAGGCAGGUGAAUCAGUACGUCUGUCUGGGACGGAAACAGGCUUUGAACGCAGAGGGCUGACGCCGGGAGAGGAAUACACUGUCACUGUCCGGGCAGAAAAGGGGCAGCGCUAUGGACCCCCCGUCACCCAGACCGUGCGUACACGAGUAGCUCCUCCACGUGGUCUGCAGUCGUCGCAGGUGACAGAAAACUCCAUGACCCUGGAGUGGGAACCGCCAGCUUCUCGCCCUGAUGGCUACAUCCUGAGCUACGUGCCUCUGGUUGCCUCUCGGCCCGCCCAGGCCGUGAAGCGUGUGGAACUGCCUGCAGCACCUGAAAGCGUCACCCUGGAUGAGCUGGAGAGCAGCACCCGAUACCGCAUCACCAUGUUCGCCCGCCAGAGCGGCGAGAACAGCCGAGCCACCAGCAUCAUCGUCAGCACUACUGCUCCAGGACCUCCUUCAGCUGCCAAGACCCAAACUUUCCCUAGACUCACCACAAAAAGCCCUGAAGUGCCACUGCGGGACCUGACUGUGACGGACAUCUCUCCGGACAGUCUCCGUGUGACUUGGUCGGCCCCACCCAGUUCCUUCCGCAGCUUUUCCCUUCAGUACAGGGACCCCAAAUCCAGUGCCCCACCAGGGGAAAUCAGAGUACCAGGGACAGAGAGAAGCGUCACCGUGAUGGGUUUGACCCCCAGAACGGAGUACGAACUGGAGUUAAGUGGGGAGAAACCUGAUGGGAGCUACAAUCCUCCACUAACUACAAAGACAUCCACAGCCCCGGCACCAGCCCUGGAGAAGCCCACUUUGGGGCAGCUCUCCGUCUCAGACGUCAAAGAGAACUCUGCCCGCCUGUCCUGGGACGUCCCCACGGGGACCUUUGACUCCUUUUUGAUCCAGUAUAAAGAUGCUGAGGGCAAGCCGAAGAGUCUGCCCGUGGAUGGAGGAUCCCAGGAAGUCACCAUCUAUGACCUAGCGCCUUCCCGGAAGUACAAGUUCAGCCUUUAUGGACUCGUAGGCCGCAAGAGACAUGGCCCUGUUUCCACAGAGAUGGUUACAGGCAAAGUCCCAGCCCCAGAAAAGAAGCCAGAGAGAGAAGUGACAGCUCCACCCGGCCUGGGAGAACUCUCUGCCUCAGAUAUCACCAGCAGUUCUGUCCGCCUCUCCUGGAGUGUCCCCUCUGGGAGAUUUGAUUCCUUCCUGGUCCAGUACAAAGAUGCUGAGGGCAGACCCCAAGUGCUGCCCAUGGAGGGGGACUCCCGCGAAGUCACCAUCCCUAGCCUGGCUCCUUCCCGCAAAUACAGAUUCAAUCUCUAUGGCAUCUCCAGUCGCAAACGUCUCGGCCCAGCCACGGCAGAUGUCACCACAGCAUCACGGGACGAAGAGCCUGUACCUGAGCCUGAGCCGGAACCUGUCCUUGGUGACCUCUUAGUCUCGGAUGCCACCAGCAACUCUGUCCGUCUCACAUGGAGUGUCCCGACUGGCAGCUUUGACUCCUUCUUUGUCCAGUACAAGGACUCCGAGGGCAAUGACCAAGCCCUGACCGUAGACCAACAUUCCCGCGAGGCCACUGUUCUUAAUUUGGUUCCUUCCCAAAGAUACAGAUUCUUCCUCUAUGGAAUCUCUGGGCCCCAGCGUCUUGGACCUGUCUCAGCUGAUGCCACCACAGCCCCACUACCAACAACGCCUGCUCCUCAGCCCAGCUUGGGAGAGCUCUCAGUCUUGGACGUCACCACUGACUCUGUCCGUCUCUCCUGGACUGUCCCCACUGGGAACUUCGACUCCUUCCUGGUCCAGUACAAGGAUGCGGAGGGGAAGCCUCAGGCCCUUCCAGUGGAUGGAAGUUCCCGUGAGGUCACUGUCUCCAACCUCGUGCCUUCCCGAAGAUACAAGUUUAACCUUUACGGAGUCUCUGGUCGCAAGCGUCUGGGUCCAGUUUCUACUGACACAGUCACAGCAUCACUUCCAAAGGAACCUUCAAUUGCUCCCAGCCUGGGUGAGCUCUCUGCUUCUGAUGCCACCAGCAAUUCCGUCCGUCUCUCCUGGACUGUCCCCACGGGGAGCUUUGACUCUUUCCUGAUCCAGUACAAAGACGCUGAGGGCAAACCUCAGGCGAUUCCAGUGGAGGGAGCUUUCCGUGAGACCGUCGUCCCCAAUCUGGUUCCUUCCCGCAGAUACAAGUUCAACCUUUACGGACUCACUGGCCGCAAACGCCUCGGCCCCAUCUCCACAGAUGCCACCACAGCAUCAUCACAGGAACAGCCAACUCCUCCCAGCCUGGGGGAGCUCUCUGCUUCUGAUGCCACCAGUGAUUCCAUCCGUCUCUCCUGGACAGUCCCCACGGGGAACUUUGACUCUUUCCUGAUCCAGUACAAGGACGCUGAGGGCAAACCUCAGGCAAUCCCAGUGGAGGGAGCCUUCCGCGAGACCAUCGUCCCCAAUCUGGUUCCUUCCCGCAGAUACAAGUUCAACCUUUAUGGACUCACUGGCCGCAAGCGUCACGGCCCCAUUUCCACAGAUGCCACCACAGCUGCUGUAGGAACGCCACCAGGGGCCACCACAGAAAAGGUCACCGUCGUUCAGCUCAGCCUGGACCAGCUGUCCGUUUCUGACAUCACCAGUGACUCGGCCCGUCUCUCCUGGACUGUCCCAACUGGGAAUUUUGACUCCUUUCUAGUGGAGUACGAAGAUGCAGAUGGGAGGCCGCAGGCGUUGCCCGUGGAUGGGGCUUCCCGCACGCUCACUGUCCCCAACCUGGAGCCCUCUCACAGAUACACGUUUAACCUCUACGGACUUUACCGCGGCAAGCGCUAUGGCCCCCUGGCAGUGGAGGCUGUCACAGCUGCUGUAGGAACGCCACCAAAGGCCACCACAGAAAAGGUCACCGUCGUUCAGCUGAGCCUAGACCAGCUGUCUGUUUCCGACAUCACCAGUGACUCGGCCCGUCUCUCCUGGACUGUCCCAACUGGGAAUUUUGACUCCUUUCUAGUGGAGUACGAAGAUGCAGAUGGGAGGCCGCAGGCGUUGCCCGUGGAUGGGGCUUCCCGCACGCUCACUGUCCCCAACCUGGAGCCCUCCCACAGAUACACGUUUAACCUCUACGGACUUUACCGCGGCAAGCGCUAUGGCCCCCUGCCCGUGGAGGCUGUCACAGCUGCUGUAGGAACGCCACCAAAGGCCACCACAGAAAAGGUCACCGUUGUUCAGCUGAGCCUAGACCAGCUGUCUGUUUCUGACAUCACCAGUGACUCGGCCCGUCUCUCCUGGACUGUCCCAACUGGGAAUUUUGACUCCUUUCUAGUGGAGUACGAAGAUGCAGAUGGGAGGCCGCAGGCGUUGCCCGUGGAUGGGGCUUCCCGCACGCUCACUGUCCCCAACCUGGAGCCCUCCCACAGAUACACGUUUAACCUCUACGGACUUUACCGCGGCAAGCGCUAUGGCCCCCUGGCAGUGGAGGCUGUCACAGCUGCUGUAGGAACGCCACCAAAGGCCACCACAGAAAAGGUCACCGUUGUUCAGCUGAGCCUAGACCAGCUGUCUGUUUCUGACAUCACCAGUGACUCGGCCCGUCUCUCCUGGACUGUCCCAACUGGGAAUUUUGACUCCUUUCUAGUGGAGUAUGAAGAUGCAGAUGGGAGGCCGCAGGCGUUGCCCGUGGAUGGGGCUUCCCGCACGCUCACUGUCCCCAACCUGGAGCCCUCCCACAGAUACACGUUUAACCUCUACGGACUUUACCGCGGCAAGCGCUAUGGCCCCCUGCCCGUGGAGGCUGUCACAGCCUCAGCAGUGACGACGCCACCACAACCCACCCUAGGGGAGCUCUCAGCUGUUGAUGUCUCUAGUGAUUCUCUCCGCCUCUCCUGGACAGUCCCCACUGGGAACUUUGACUCCUUCCUGGUCCAAUACAAGGAUGCGGAGGGGAGGCCUCAGGCCCUUCCGGUGGACGGAGGUUCUCGCGAGGUCACCAUUUCUAGCCUCCUGCCUUCCCGUAGAUACAAGUUCAAUCUCUAUGGGAUCUCUGGUCGCAAGCGGAUUGGCCCCAUUUCCACUAGUGCGGUCACAGAUCAACUGAUGGUGAAGCCCACUCCAGCACUCAAGCUUGGAGAGCUAACAGCUGGUAAUGCCAUGCCAAACUCCCUUGACGUCUCCUGGACUGUGGAGGCCGGGGACUUUGACUCUUUCAUCAUCCAAUACCAAGACGCUCAGGGCAAACCCCAGGUUCUCCCUGUUGACGGGCGCCUCCGCUCUCUCCACCUCCACGACUUGGCCCCGUCCCACAGAUACCAGAUCAACCUCUAUGGUGUCUUGGGCCGGAAGCGUCUGGGCCCCAUCUCCACAGAAGCAGAGACAGCCCCACUACCAACAACGCCUGCUCCUCAGCCCAGCUUGGGAGAGCUCUCAGUCUCGGACGUCACCACCGACUCUGUCCGUCUCUCCUGGACUGUCCCCAUUGGGAGCUUCGACUCCUUCCUGGUCCAGUACAAGGAUGCGGAGGGGAAGCCUCAGGCCCUUCCAGUGGACGGAGCUUCCCGCGAAGUCACCGUCUCCAGCCUCGUGCCUUCUCGAAGAUACAAGUUCAACCUUUACGGAGUCUCUGGUCGCAAGCGUCUGGGUCCAGUUUCUACUGACACAGUCACAGCUGUACUACCAACAACGCCAGCUCCUCAGCCCAGCUUGGGAGAGCUCUCAGCCUUGGAUAUCACCACUGAUUCCAUCCGUCUCUCCUGGACUGUCCCCACGGGGAACUUUGACUCUUUCCUGAUCCAGUACAAGGACGCUGAGGGCAAACCUCAGGCAAUCCCAGUGGAGGGAGCCUUCCGCGAGACCAUCGUCCCCAAUCUGGUUCCUUCCCGCAGAUACAAGUUCAACCUUUAUGGACUCACUGGCCGCAAGCGCCACGGCCCCAUCUCCACAGAUGCCACCACAGUUGCAGAAUUGCUGGCUGCACCAACCUUAGGAGAACUCUCUGUCUCUGAUGUCACCAGUGAGUCUGCCCGCCUCUCCUGGACUGUUCUAGCCGGGAGAUUUGACUCCUUCUUAGUCCAGUACAAGGAUGCUGAAGGCAAACCCCAGCAGCUGCCCUUGGAUGGAGGCACCUAUGAGACUACCAUCUCUGGCCUGUCUCCUGCCCGACGAUACAAGUUCAACCUCUACGGGAUUGUAGGGCGCAAACGCCUUGGCCCUGUCUCAGCCGACACAGUCACAGCAGCUGCAGUGUCUGGCGAAGGCCCAGCGAAGCCAAGCCUAGAAGAGCUCUCUGUCUCAGAGGUCACCAGCAAUUCCGCUCUUCUCUCCUGGACUGUCCCCACUGGGGACUUCGACUCCUUCCUGAUCCAGUACAAGGAUGCAGAGGGCAAACCCCAGGCGCUGACCGUGGAGGGAGUUGCUCGCGAGGUCACUGUCCCCAACCUGGUUCCUUCCCACAGAUACAAGUUCAAUCUCUAUGGGGUCGUUGGCCGCAGGCGCCUGGGCCCUAUUUCCUCUGAAGCCACCACAGCUGAAGCCGAGGAGGACAACAAGGAGGGAGAAGAUGACGAAGAUGAUGGAGAGAGUGAGCCUAGCUUGGGGCAGCUCUCAGUCUCAGAAGCUAACAGCAAUUCAAUCCGUCUUUCUUGGAGUGUCCCAACUGGGAAUUUUGACUCCUUCCUUGUUCAGUACGAAGAUGGAGAGGACGAGCUGCAGACCAUGCCUGUGGACGGUGGUUCCCGUGAGGUCACAGUCUCUAACCUGUCUCCUUCCCAGCGAUACCGAUUUGACCUUUAUGGACUUUCUGGUGGCGAGCGGCUUGGCCCUGUAUCCACUGAUGCCUCCACAGCUCCGUUGACACCAGUGACGGAGAGGGGGGAAAGAGGAACGCCACCUCCAGGAUCUGACUUUGGGCAGCUCUCUGCUUCUGACGUCACCAGCGACUCUGUCCGCCUCUCUUGGGAUGUCCCCUCUGGGAUCUUUGACUCCUUCCUGGUCCAGUACAAGGAUGCUGACAAUAAACCACAGGCACUGCCUGUAGAUAAGGAGACCAACUCUGUUGUGAUUUACUACUUGGUGCCUUCCUACAGAUAUAAGUUCAACCUCUUUGGCUUGUCUGGACGGAGGCGCUUUGGCCCAAUCUCAGUCAUUGUUGUCACAGCAACACAGCUAAAGAGAGACGAGGUGGAUGCAGAGGACUCUACCGGAAGGGAACCCCGCUUGGGCCAGCUCUCGGUCUCGGAGGUCACCAGCAACGCUGCCCGUCUCUCAUGGAGUGUCCCCGAAGGAAGCUUUGAUUCUUUCUCUGUCCAGUACAGAGACGCAGAGGGAAAGCCACAGGCGCUUCCCGUAGGAGGGGGCUCCCGUGAGGUCAUUGUCUCCAACCUGGUCCCCUCUCACAAAUACAAGUUCAAUCUCUAUGGUAUCUCUGGAAACCAGCGUUUGGGACCCAUAUCUGCCACUGCUGAGAUGACAGCCACAGAUCCUGACGUGCAAGCGGUGGAAGGAAAGGUGGAACCUCACCUGGGACAGCUCUUGGUCUCGGAGGUCACCAGCAACGCUGCCCGUCUCUCAUGGAGCGUCCCCGAAGGAAGCUUUGAUUCUUUCUCUGUCCAGUACAAGGAUGCAGAGGGAAGACCCCAGGCACUUCCUGUAGGAGGGGGUUCCCGCGAGGUCGUUGUCUCCAACCUGGUCCCCUCUCACAAAUACAGGUUCAAUCUCUAUGGUAUCUCUGGAAACCAGCGUUUUGGACCCAACUCUGCCAAUGCUGUGACAGCAGCUCCAGAAACAACUCCGCCAGGUGAGGAGGAAAAGAAGCCCGAAGAAGCCGCAGGCCAAAGAGUUCAGCCCAGCCUUGGAGACGCCACAGUCUCUGAGGUCACCCCAGACUCUCUUCUCCUCUCCUGGAACAUCCAGGAAGGUAGCUUUGACUCUUUCCUCAUCCAGUACAAGGAUGCUGCAGGGAAGCUCCAGGUGUUACCUGUGGACGGCACCAUGCGCUCCCUCCACCUCUACAACCUCAUGCCGUCGCAGAGAUACAAAUUCAACAUCUUCGGAGUCUCUGGCUCUAAGCGCCUUGGGCCUGUCUCGACUGAUGCUGUCACAGCCCCAGAACCAGCACCAAGCGAGGAAACUCAGCCCAGGCUCGGAGAUCUCUCUGUGUCCAAGACCACCAGCGACUCCGUCAGCCUCUCUUGGAGCGUCCCUGCGGGCAACUUCGACUCUUUCCUUGUCCAAUACAGAGACAGAGAGGGCAAGCCCCAGGUGCUGCCCCUAAACGGUGAUUCCCGUGACGUCACCGUCCCCAACCUGGCUCCUUCUCACCGAUAUAAGUUCAACCUUUAUGGCAUUUACGGACACAAGCGUCUCGGUCCCAUUUCCACAGAUGCUGUCACAGGCACCCAGCCUGGGGCCCUGACUCAGCUGAAGUUCGGAGAAUUGUCAGCCCAUGACAUCACCCCAGAAUCAGUCCUCCUCUCCUGGACCGUGGAGACUGGGAAUUUCGACUCUUUUAUCAUCCAGUACCGGGAUGCGGAUGGCAAUCCCCAUGCUUUGCCCGUGGAUGGUGGCAUGCGCUCGCUGCGGCUUCAUGAUCUGGUCCCCUCCCACAAAUACAGGUUCAACCUCUACGGCAUCUCGGGCCGCAAACGUCUCGGGCCCAUCUCUACAGAGGCCACCACAGCCGCUUCAGAACAGCCAGCCCCUCCCAAGCCCAGUCUGGGGGAGCUCUCAGCCUCUGACAUCACCAGCACAACUGUCCGUCUGUCUUGGAGUGUCCAGUCCGGGGAUUUUGACUCUUUCAUCAUUCAGUACCGAGAUGCAGAGGGCAAGCCUCAGGCACUGCCUGUGGACAAAGACUCCCGCAAUGUCAUAGUCUCCGGCUUGGUGCCCUCCCGUAAAUAUAAGUUCAACCUAUUUGGCAUCUCUGGACGGAAGCGUCUUGGACCCAUUUCCACUGAAGCAGUCACAGCUCCAAUGGUGAAAACAGAGGUCCACCCCACACUGGGCGAUCUUUCAAUUUCCGAGGUUACUCAGGGCACUGUCCGCCUCUCGUGGACCAUCUCUGCUGGGAAAUUCGACUCCUUCCUCAUCCAGUACAAGGACACUGAAGGAAAGCUCCAGGCGGUACCCGUCGAUGCUGAUUCCCGCACAGUCGUCAUCAAGGACCUGACCACUUCCCACAGAUACAAGUUCAACCUCUAUGGCAUCUCUGGCAGGAAGCGGCACGGGCCCAUCUCUAUAGAUGCUGUCACAGCUUCCCCAGAGGCCAGCAAACUGGUCUUCCUUGAAAACUUGGUUGUCUCUGAGGUGACACCCACUACGCUGCAGCUCACAUGGGAAGCUCCCGAGGGAGAGUUUGAUUUCUUUUCGGUCCAGCGCAAGAUCUCUGUUCCGGAUAGUGAAAUGAGUCCCACACCGACCAAGAAAAUCAACGUGACCGGGGAUGAACGCUCUGUCGUGUUUCGGGGCCUUUCGCCCAACACCGAGUACAGCCUUACCGUCUAUGGCAUCCAGGACGGGUCAGAAGCGGCCAGCAUCAACACAGUGGCAACGACAAGUGGGACAGAGCUGGAUAGCCCCCGGGACCUGCUCUUCAAUGACAUCCGUGAGACCUCCGUGGUGGCGAACUGGAGAUCACCGUCAUCUCGUGUUGAUGGUUAUAAAGUUUCCUUCCAGCCCUCAGAUGGAGGAGAGCCAAGGAGCAUCUCUGUGGAUGGAUCCAAGCUCCGAACAACCAUUGAGGGCCUGACCCCUGGGGCCAGCUAUGAGGUCACUGUGAUGUCUGUUCGUGGGUUCGAAGAAAGCGAGCCCUUGGUGGGUUAUGUCACCACAGUUCCGGAUGGUCCUUCCAACUUGCGUGCCAUUGACGUCACCGAUUCGUCAGCUGUGCUUACCUGGCAACCUGCUGUGGCUGAGAUGAACAACUACAUUGUCACCUACGGGCCUGCCGGUGGUGCAAGGGCCUCCGAGUCAGUGCCAGGGAACCGGGCUGAGUUGCAGUUGUCAGGGCUGCACCUGGACACAGAAUAUCGGGCCAGCGUGUAUGGGGAGAAAGGAGGAAACCGCAGUUCUCCCGCCAGCGCCACGUUCACCACCGGGGCAGAUGGACCCCGGGAUCUGCAGGCUAGUGAAAUCUCAUCCCGCAGUGCUCGUCUCACUUGGCUGCCACCCCGUGCCCCUCCUGGUGGAUAUCUGCUAACCUAUGAAACCCCGUCUGGACAAUCAAAGGAGAUCACCGUGGACGCUUCUGUCACCUCGUAUGAACUCCAAGACCUGAUUCCUUCCGGUCGGUACCAGGUUCAAGUCCAGGCACUGAGAAGAGGCACUCCUACAGCCCCAACCGCCACAUCCUUCACCACCGGACCCCUGAAAUACCCCUUCCCUCGGGAUUGCGCAGAGGAGAGCCAGAAUGGGCCGGGACCCUCGAGAGUGAGGACGAUUUAUCUUGGGGGCAACCAGGACCGCCCCUUGCAGGUGUACUGCGACAUGGAGACUGACGGAGGAGGCUGGAUAGUCUUCCAACGUCGGAUGAACGGCGAGACCAAUUUCUGGCGCAACUGGCAGGAAUACGCCACCGGCUUUGGCAACCUCACCAGGGAGUUCUGGCUAGGGAACGAUGCUCUGCACCAGCUGACGACAUCAGGGGACUACGAGCUGCGCGUGGAUCUGCGGGCUGGGAACGAGUCUGUCUAUGCAACCUACCAGAAUUUCCGCGUGGAUCCCCCUGCUGAUCAUUACCGCCUGCACCUGGGCAGUUACAGCGGCACUGCUGGUGAUGCUUUCACCUACCACUCGGGCAGCGUCUUCUCCACCAAGGACCGCGACCCCAACCGAGUCAUCAUCCCCUGCGCUGUCUCUUACCGCGGCGCAUGGUGGUACCGCAACUGCCACUACGCCAACCUCAACGGGCUUUACGCAAACAACCGCGACCACCAGGGCAUCAACUGGUUUAACUGGAAAGGCUUCGAGUUUUCCAUCCCCUUCACAGAGAUGAAACUGAGACCCCGCGGCUUCCGGCCUCUGCGUCGGGUGUGAGCAAAGGGAAGGAGGCUGCAGGACUGACUCAGUGGGAGAACAGAGGAGGAGGAAAGAGAAAACAGCAGCAGCAACCACCCCUCUGCAAUGGGAGAUACCUCGCACCCUGCCGCAAAUUCCCCUGAGAAAAAGGAAGGAGCAA